UCGCGAAGGGGGCUUCAUUUACUAAAACUGUUAGUUGGUACGUGUAUAGAGUUCAGCUCGAAAAGUUGUAUAAGAAUGCCCUAGUCACUAGUCUAGUGGCGAGAGUUCAAACAAGCAAUACAGGAUUAUCAUUUUACAACGGAUUUAUUUAUAUCAAGAAUAAGCAGGAGUGGAACUAGUUUGUCGAUGUGAUUCUUUUUUUAAAAGUAAAUCUGUUAUACUAUAGUUAUAAGAUGGAGCCGAAGGAAAGGUUUUGUUUCGUUGUCUGCUUGUGUUUUCUGUUAGGUAUGUCACAAGCAGCGGUAUCCUAUGCUCGCGCAAUGUGCCAACGUAAACCUAUACACACAACAAGAGAACAAACCCCUGGAGAUAAUGGCUUUAGGAUUAUAAUUUCUGGAACACCAACACAGCAUAAAUAUAGACCAGGUGAAACAUAUACAGUUGAAAUAAAUGGAACCCAUUCACAGAGAUUUUUGGGAUUUAUGUUGGUCUCUGUGGCUCAACAAAAAGAAAAAGAGAAAACAUUGGACAUAGGUAAAAUGGUUUCUGAUCAGGCAUUGGGAUCACCGCCUGCUACUGAAAAAGAGAAUACUGCUAUUAAAAUUGCAGACAUUCAUGAAAAAAAUGAAACUGAAACUGUAGGAACAUUUGAUACGAAAAUUGAUGUAAGAGUACAGAAUCUGUUAGAAGAUGAUAUAUGUGAUCAUACUGUACUAGCACAUCGUUAUCUUGUAAAAAAACAAACUGUCAAGAUGUUGUGGACAGCACCCCAGGAGAUUGUGGGAUGUAUAGAGUUUAGGGCAACUGUGAUAGAAUUCUCUGAUACCUGGUAUAAAGAUGAUGGUAAUCUGACAUAUGUACUCUGUGAAGAGAAAAAUCAACAGGAUGAUGCUAAACUAGUUUCAGCAGAACAAGGAGAAGCAAUUAAAGAAGAAAAUAAAGAUGAAUGCUGUGCUUGUGGUCAUGCUAAUUAUAAUAUUGUCUUCCAGGGUAUAUGGUCUAGACAAACACAUCCUAAAGGUUUUCCUCCCAAAAAAUUCAAUCCUUUGGUUCAUUGGUCAAAUGUUGUUGGUGCUACUCAUUCUAGUGAUUUUGAGAUCUGGAGGUAUGGUGGUAUGGCAUCACCUGCUGUUAAAGAAGUCUGUGAAUUUGGAAUCUGGAGAACUUUGGAAAAAUAUAUGAAACAGCAGAGUAAAAAGAUACGAACUGUUGUUAAAACCAAAUCUUUGUAUGGUAUUAGGAAUAUUAAAAGAUCAGCACAUGCUGUCUUUACAGUUAGUAAAAAACAGCAUCUACUUUCUUUAUUAACUAUGUUUGGUCCAAGUCCCGAUUGGUGCGUCGGUGUGAGUGCUUUGGAAAUAUGCAUGAAGAACUGUACUUGGGCUGAUCACAUGGAGAUAGAUCUUUAUCCUUGGGAUGCUGGUACCGAUAGUGGAACAACUUAUAUGUCUGCCAACAAAGCCACAAUUCCUAAAGAACCAAUUCAUAGAAUAACAAAUAAUCAUCCCAGAACUCACGAUUCACCAUUCUAUGGACCACAACCAGUUAAACCACUAGCCCGACUUAUUAUAACUAAAGACAAGGAAUGGUGUAGUGGGGAUGAUGGUAAACCCGCUUCAGCAGAAUUAUCUCCUUCUACUGAUGAACUGGUUAGCAAAAUGAAGAAAAAGAUGAUGAUGAAAAAGAAAUUUGAACUAGAAAAAUGUUCAACAAGUCUAUGGUCAGAAUGGAAUGAAUGUUCAAACCCUUGUGGAGCUGGUAUGAGGUUACGACAGAGAGGAUUAAAAAAUUCUGCGGUUACUGAGUCUAUGUGUAAUGUUGACUUAAUGGAAAAAGAAACAUGUAUUGGAGAUUGUUCAAAUAUGGCAGGCAAAAGAAAGAAAAUAUCGGAUGAUUUUGAGUUUAAAGUAGACACAUCAGCCCACAAUGCUGACAACAUUUGUGCCGUUACACCAUGGUCAGAGUGGUCCCCUUGUAGUGCCACGUGUGGAUUAGGAAUGAAAGAAAGAUGGAGAAUGUUCUUGAGUAAAUCAGAGAAAACAUUAUCCUGUGGUUUUCACUUGAUGGAAAAAGAUCUGUGUAGAGGAGAAAUCUUUGAUUGUAGGAAAGCUUUGAUGAUGAAAGAUUUUUCUGCAAUUUGUACAGAACCCUCAGAUGUUGGUCCAUGUCGUGGAAAUUUUGAACGGUGGUAUUACAAUAAGACAGUCGAAAAAUGUCAAUCAUUCAGAUACGGUGGUUGUCGUGGAAAUGAAAAUAAAUUUGAAUCAGAAGGUGAAUGUGUAGAAUAUUGCCAAGAACACAUGGCCAAUUUAAAACGCAAACACAGAAUGAUGAAACAGCAGACAAUUGAUGAUCUGAAAGAGAGCAAUGACAUGAAUAUAAAAGAAUUAAUGCGCAAGAAACAAAUGGCCGAGGAUGCACUACAACAAGUGGUUGAUACAUCUGCAACUGAUAAAGCUAUUAAAGCACUGAUGAGGAAAAAACAGAUGCUAGAACAGGCUCUUGGCAAAGAUUCACCAGAUUCAGCUCAAAUAGAAAUACAAAUAGAGGAUUUAUUACGUAAAAAGCAAAUGAUGGAAGAUGCCAUAAAGUAUGGAUUAGAAGAUGAUACCGCAUCCAAUGAAAUGAGAAUGAAGAAAAAAAUGAUGAGAAAAAAGUUAAAAAUGGAAAGACGAUUAAGGAGUAGGAGACGAAAAAAGAUGCAUAAAUCUAAUAGUGGUACCCAAGUAGAUUGUAUGGUUACGUUAUGGACAGAUUGGGGUGAAUGUUCGGUAACAUGUGGUAAAGGUGUCAUGAUGAAAACACGAAUGAUCAAGCAAGAAGCAGCUAAUGGUGGACGAAAAUGCCCAAAGAAGCUUGUUAAGAAAAGAAAAUGUAAAUUAAGAAAAUGCCCUGUCAACUGCAAAAUGGGAGACUGGAGUGAAUGGUCAGAAUGUUCAAAUACAUGUGGUGAUAGCGCUGUCCAGGUCCGAAAAAGAAAAAUAGUCCUCCGACCCAAACGGGGCGGCCAAGUGUGCCUACCUAAAAGAGAGAAACGUUUCUGCAGUUUGUCAGUGUGUCCAGAUGCUGAUAUGGAGAAGGACAUGAAAACCUUUAUGCUGUUCCAUCGGCGCUACUAAUACCAAUCUUCAUAAUGUGUUAAUGUGUUCCAGACUGUGUGUCAUUUGAUAUGGCAACUCUGUGUAUUUUGUGUUUUUUAAAAAUAUUAUUAUAACAGCACUUUACAUUACUCUUAUAGUGCCAUCACUCUGGAAGAAUGGUGACAAUGUCAUCACAACAUUCAAUCUUUAAAGUGAAUAUAAUCAUCCUUACAUGAGUUUGAGUUAAUGAUGGCGAACAGUAAUUUAAUCUAUUCUGUCUUAUUAAUAUUGACAUUUCUCAUUGUAUUAACAACUUCUCGUGUGGAGAUACAGUUAUUUAUGUUGUGUAUCUCUUUUAUAUGCCCAAAUUGUAUGUGGCCAUAACUUGCUGUUGCAAUGUUCGUCUGUCAUCCACAAUAUUCGUGAAAUUCAUAUGAAUUGUUUAUAUUAGUGAGACCAAUAUGACUUUAAGAGUUAUUGCUCUGAAGAUUUUGUGAAAUUCCCUGAGGCUCAAGUUGUCAUCUGAUUGACAUGCAAUUUAUGCACGCUUAUGUUCAUGAGGUGAAUUCAACUAUUUGGACCUAUUAGGGACAAACGUUAGCAUCCGACUGAUUUGAAAUUUAUAUAUGUUUAUGUUCUUUUUGAAUUUGAUGUGCUAUCAUCAAUCUGAUUAAAACACAGAUCCUAUUUCAUUUUGUUUUUUAUAGUUCAAAAAUUUGUUUUACUUGUCUUCACAACACUUAGUCUCUAUCAUCCAGAAAAAUAUUCUACGAAUAUUAGUCUGGAUGGGUUGUCACAGAGGCGUGCUGGCCCUGAAGACGCGCUGAUGGUAGGGGGGUUCUGCCCCCAGAAAAUUUUUGAAAUUUGACAACGGGAAACGCAUUUUGCAAGCACUUCUGGGAGAAAUCUAGGUAUCAUAUUUUCCAAGUUUAUGCUGCUAUUUUGACUAUAAGACAUACUACUGUACUACACAAGACACUCAUGACAGGUCUGCUUAAUAUAAUGCUAAUACAAUGUAUUUCUACCCAAAUAAUAAAUUGCAUCUUAUACAUAUCGAGGCAUGAAUACAUGUAUCAAAGACCAUUUCACCUUAAGGUGACAGACAUUUGCACGUCAGCAUAAUAUAUUUUACUAAUUGUUGUGUAUGUAUGAUUUUUCGCGUGCACACUCUCAAUUUUUUGAGGUGAUUCCGCGUGAAAAUUAGAGCUCUCGGGGGGGCUCGCUUAUACGGGUGGACUUAUUGUUUAAUGGGGGCCUGGGAGGACACCGUCCUCCUAAACUCCCUGCCAGCACGCUCCUGGGUUGUCAACAUUUGAGAAUAAUAGGUCAUUGGCUAGAUUAUCCAGUCUUAUAUUAUCAUGAGCAAAGUCUAAGGGAGGUAACUAGUCCUAAAACAAGAUGUGAACUCCCAUGAAAUGAAUUUAAGAACUGCCAUUCAGAAAAUCCAUCUGCAUUGCCAGUUCAAUAUCCAACACUCUUAAAAAAAAAUUUAUUGUAAAAUUUCUCUCUUCAUGGGCCAUAUCUAUGAUUUUUAAUAAAUCCUAAUUCAUCAUGACUUGGCCAUAUAAUACUGGAUAAUUAACCACAUAAAAAACCAAACUCCCGAUAAUGCAUAGGCAGUGGAACUUUUGGUCAAAUAUUGACAACGGUCCCAGAACCUCCGUACGUUGAAGACUAGCGGGUUAUGGGUGAACGAGACUACACAACACUAGGAUCUGGAAGAGAUGUUAUAUAACAGGCAUUCUAGUUGAUGUUACAGUGAGUUCUUGGUUUGCUCUGCAUGAAACUGUAGGUAAACCACUAGAAACGUUGACUUUGAUUGAUUAAACAAUGUCUGACGGCAUAGGGUCAAUAGCUGCUUGUAUGACUUCUGACGCGACCUCCCAUUAUAACUGGUCAGAUCUUCAUGUAGUAGAGGCCAUUGAAAGUAUAAAAAAAAAUGAAACGAAAUAUAGAUCUGUAUUUUAAUCAGAUUGUGCUAUCAUGUGCAUGAAAUUUGUUAGUUUUGUUGAUGGAAAAUGCUGGGGAGAACAAUUUCUGAUAAUGACUUCAUGGGUUGUUGCCUGUGAUCAGUUUAGAGUGUCUAGUAGCAAAUGCUGUAAUUACUCAUAAGGAAUUACAAUGUGAGACCCUCUAUAGAUUUUCUGAUGACUUAGCAGCUGUGGGCAUUUAAUUUUCUACUAAGCUAUCUUUUGUGAUAUUUUAAAAAUGUUUGUUUUUUUUUUGCUUCAACUUCAAUUCCCAAAACUCACUAUGAAGAGAUUUUAGUCACAUUUUAUAUAUAGGUAGUAUAUAGAUGUUUUUUUAUAUGCCCACAUUUUCAUGUCGAUGUAUAUUGUCGUCGCCCGUGUUCGUCCGUCCGUCCACAAUUGUUUGGGGACACUCUACAGGUCACAAUUCUUAUCCGAUUUUGACAAAACUUGAAAUAUAGGUUUACCUCCAUAUUUCGAUAUUGGCAUGUAUCGGAUCGAAACUUCAUGGAUUAUGGCCCCUGAUUGUACUUAAAGUCAUGUUUUUAGCUUGUGGACCCUAUAGAGGUCACAAUUUUAAACCGAUUUUGAUGAAACUUGAAAUGCAUGUUUAUAUCCCAAAGAUCUUGGUUCCUUUCAAUAUUUGCGCAUAUCGAAUCGAAACUUCCUGAAUUAUGGCCCCUGAUUGUACGAAAAAUUGCCUUUUUAUGCACGGACAUUUUCAUGUGGACGUAUAUUGUCAUCGCCCCGGUCCAUAUAUUUCGAUAUUGGCAUGUAUCGGAUCGAAACUUCAUGGAUUAUGGCCCGUGAUUGUACGAAAAAUCACGUUUUUAGCUUGUGGACCCUAUAGAGGUCACAAUUUUGAUCUGAUUUUGAUGAAAUUUGAAAUACAUGUUUAUAACCCAAAGAUCUUGGUUCCUUUCAAUAUUUGCGCAUAUCGGAUUGUAACUUCCUGAAUUAUGGCCCUUGAUUGUACAAAAAAAUCGCCUUUGAGCUUGUGGUCCCUAUAGAGGUCACAAUUUUUAUCCGAUUUAAAAAAAACCCCAACAUAUCACAGUUAUACACUAAUGAUGGUUGAGUUUGAAUUUCGUGAAAAUCAGAAAAAACUGACGGACAUAAUGGUUGCCUUUUGUAAGCAAAUGGUGUAAAAAAUAUGGUAUAUCAAGGUUGUGGGCCCUCUAGAGGCCACAGUUUUUAUCCGAUUUUGAUGAAGCUUUAAAUAUAUGUUUUUAUCAUAAAGAUCUUGGUUCCUUUUGAUAAUCAAACAUAUCCGAACGUAACUUCCUGGAUUAUGGCCCCUGAUUGGUCGAAAAAUAGCAUUUUUAGCUUGUGGAUUCUCUAGAGGUCACAAUUUUUUUUCCAAUUUUAAAAACCAUUUAGAUAUAUCACCAUUCCACCAUAAUGAAGGUUGAAAUGGAAUUUCGGGAAAAUCAAAAUGAAACUGACCGACAAAAUGGUCGUUUUUCGUAUGCAAAUUGUGUAUAAGUAUGUAAUACAAAGGUCACAAUUUUUAUCCGAUUUUGAUAAAACAUAAAACAUAUCUUUACAUUCCAAAAAUCUCAGUCCCUUUUGAUAUUUGCACAUUUCCGACCAUAAUUUUCUGGAUUAUGGCCCCUGAUUGUUCAAAAAAUCGUUUAUGUUUUUAGCUUGUUUUCUAUCCAUCUCUUGCAAAAUGUGGGCGUAUCCUGCCUGGCAGCAGCUGGUUUUUAAAGAAAUUCCAUUUCAAAGGAGCUGAGAAGGUGCAAUUGAAGGUUAAACAAGCACAAGUUUCGAACAUAUUAUUCUAAGGACCAUUUAAAUAAAUUUCAAUUUGAUAAAUUACAUUAUGGGUAAUUUGAAAUUGUUUCGAAGAAAUCAAGGGACUAUUAAAAUGGGUUCAUCCCUCCGUCUGUCGUCUGUCUGUCCAUCCGUCUGUCUGUCUGUCCGUCACACUUUUUGGGACACAAUAACUUUCCUUGUAAUUGAGCUAGAAUGUUCAAACUUGGUGUAGGUGUUCAUUAGGUCAAUGCCUUGAUGGAGUUAAAAGAUGAGCAUUUUCUGCUUAGGGUAAGCAGAGAUAUUCAAUUUGAUUGAUUGAUGCUUUGGGACACGAUAAGUUGAGGUCUAAUUAAGUGAGAGUAAUGAAAUUUGGUGUAUAGUUUUAUUACAUCAAUACCUUGACUAAGUUCGUUAAUGAGCAUUUUCUGCUCAGGGUAAGCAGAGCGAUAAGCAAUUGGAUUGGUCGAGACUUUGGAACACAAUAACUCUCCAUCGAAUUGAGGUAGAAUGUUCAAACUUGGUGUAGGCAUUGAUUGGUUGAAUGCCUUGAUGGAGUUCAAAGAUGAGCAUUUUCUGCUUAGGGUAAGCAAAGAUGAGCAUUUUCUGCUUAAAGUAAGCAAAGAUAAGCAAUUUGAUUAAUUAAGUAAGAGUGAUGAAACUUGGUGUAUUGUUUAUUACAUCAAUACCUUGACCGAGUUUGAUUAUGAGAGCAUUUUCGGCUCAGGGUAAGCAAAGCGAUAAGCAAUUUGAUUAAUCGAGACUUUGCAGCUCGACAACUUUGAUUCUAAUUGAGUGAUAGUGGUGAAACUUUGUGUAUAGUUUUAUUACAUCAAUACCUUAACAAGGUUUGAUGCUGAGCAUUUUCUGCUUAGCCAAAGUAGAAACUUCAAUCUGAUUGGUCGAGACUUUGGAACACAUUAACUCUCCUUCUAAUUGAGGUAGAAUGUUCAAAAUUGGUGUAGGUGUCUAGUACGUGAAUGCCACUAAGGCUAAGUAGAGAUGAGCAAUUUGAUUGGUUAAGACUUUGGAACAUGAUACCUUUGGUUCUAAUUGGGUGAGAGCAAUAAAACUCUUGAGUAUAGAUUCAUUAUAUCAAUACAUUGACUAAGUUCGAUAAUGAGAAUUUUCUGCUUAGGCUAAGAAGCGAUAAGCAAUUUGAUUGGUCAAGACUUUGGAACAUAACAAUUCUGCUUUUAAUUGAGGUAUAUAUGUUCAUUAGGCGAAUGUCUUGACUGAGUUCAAUGAUUAAUAUUUCCCAUUAAAGCUAAGCAGAGCUAAGCAAUUUCUUUGGUCGAUGCUUUGGGGCAAGAUAACUUUGAUUCUAACAGAUGGAGAGUGAUGAAACUUAGUCUAUAGCUUCACUCACUACCAGCUACUUCAAAACCUGAGUUUGAUAGUGAACAUUUUAUGCUUAGAUUAAGCAUAGAUAAUCAGUUUGAUUUCUCAAUACUUUUGAAAAAGAUAAAUGUGCAAUUAAUUGAUAUGUGUCAUCUGUUUUGUUUUUUUUAUUUCGGUUGGGGGACAUCAGCCUCACUGUUGGCUUAUUUCAAUGUUAUUUUCAUUUAACAUGUAUUUGAUAUGCAUAUAUUUGUAGAAGGAUCCGCAGGCAAACUAGUAGUAGCACUCAAAAAGGAUCAUUUUAUAUAAUCAGUACGUAAAUUUGUUAUGAUAUUUUGAUUAUGAAAGAUAGUGGGUGGAACAUAGGGGAAGGAGGGAUCUAAGGAGAGUAGGUAGUUUGUUAUACAUGUAAUGUUGACCUACGUCUGUACACUGGUUAUUAAAUACAGUACAUUAUGAUUGAUAGUUGUGCCUGACAUAUUAAACACAAAUUUUAAUAAUUGAAAAAACAUUGUUUUUAAUCAUUUAGAAUUACCAUAAACUGAGAUUCUGAAAAUGAUUAAUCAGCUACAUGUACUUAAACAAUUAUUGUAAGAGAUACAUAAUACAUUAGACAUUCAUAUCCUUGGCAAGCCCUCCACUGUUCUUAACCAAUACUUAGACCUCUUGUAAUAAUUCAUUUGAUGAUUCAACAUUUACCCAUAAUUUUUUAAUGAUUAAUUUCUUGCAAUUUAUUUAUAGUAUCACUGUCCUUCAGUGAUAAUUAUGUAUGUGUAAUUUGUUAUUCACUACAAAUGGGUGGUUUUUAUACAGCCACAUGAAAAUGUGGUGGUAUUUUAUAUUGUCCUUGCCUCCAUCUGUUGUGCAAAAUUUCUUGUGAAAACUCUACAGACUACAUUUAUCACCCGAUCUUUUUUUUUAAAAUUUACACAUGCUGUUUAUGUUAGUGAGACAAAGAAUCAUAUUGAAUUUCUGUUGCUUCAAGGGUUAUGGCCCAUGUUUCACUGGUAGAAUCUGUUAGCCGUUAUACAAAAGUUCUCAUCCGAUCUGCAUGAAAUUGAUAUACACCAUUGAAAUUACAACACAAAAGAAUCCUAUUAAUUUCAAUAGCGCACAUGUACAAUGCCACAUAAAGCCAGACAAUAUUAUAUUUGCAUAAUAAAACGGGAUAACAUAGAGCAUACUUGAUAAAAUAUAUAAAUAAAAAUUGUUUUUCAGAUUGUGCUUGAUAACGAUAAUUAUGAUACUUAUCCAUAAAAAAUUGUGUUCUGUUAAUGUGUUCCUCAAUCGCUAAAAGCCACUGAAAGAUUAUGUAAAAACUUUGGUAUUUCCCAGGCCUGGUUCCACGUGCUAAAUUUUGAAAGGUGGGAUUAUAAGACGAAAACCGGAAAAUUGUACCAGAUAAUUUGUAAAUAAAAAUGAAAUGAUCUGUCGACAUGACUUUUAACUCCAUUAUAUUCAUAAACAAUUUGAUAAAUCUGAACGGGUAUAAGGUAGGUAUUUAGAAUACAAACUUCGUUAGGCAGUCAACAAUUAAUCAGCGACGAAUUAAAGUGACACAGCUGUAAUAAGUUUCCACUGUGCCUCCAGUAAUCCACGCGGGGAGUUGGAUGGCUGAAUGGUUAGCUUGUGCGCGCUGUAUCCUAAAGUCUGUCAUUGGCAUGGUUUCGAAUCCCCGGUUGUACGUGACAAGGAGUAGGGUCGCCUGUCCAACCUCGUGGGUUUUCUCUGGGUCCUCCAGUUUCCUCCCACUGCUAAAGACCCCUAUGCGCAAGCAAAUUAUUGAAAUAAAAUUACACCAUAUGUUAGUCCCGAAAUGACCUAGUUUGUGUCGAGUGGACGUUAAACCCCAUUUCCCUCUCUCUCUCCAGUAAUCCACACUAUUGACCAAUAGUUGAGCCACCUUUUUCUCACUAGCACGUGGACGCCAUUGCCUAGUCAUUUGGCGACUUGAAAUUGGCUAUUGGAGGCGUCUCAAGAAUAGACGGCGUAUUUUGUUACUCGUUAUCGUUAUUGACUCAGAAGUUAUCAUCCGAUGGUAUGCAUUGAUAUCAAAGAGGAGAAGCCUGUGGAUUUUAGAUAACUUUAUGGGUUGUAGCCCAUCGAUCUUGUAUUCAUAUAAGUACGCCUAUCCCAAAUGAAAGAGCCUUUACGUUCUGGUGCCUGGCAAUCUUUGUUGAUAUUUAUUUAGCAGGCGUUUUAAAUUGCAUACUAAUAUUUAUUUUGAAUUUUUAUAUUUUAAUCAGAUUAAAUUUGUUGUGAAAUUUAA